AUGGAUCCCUCCACCGGGCCGGGCACACCGUCCCAUCAGUCCAACGAUAGCUCGACCGCCGCCUCGCCCACUGACACUCGCCAUCAGCCUGCAAGGUUCGACUCCUAUGUCGCGUCCCGCGACGAAGGUCUGUCUGAGAGUUUUCAGUCCUUUCAGUCCACCGACACGGUGCGGAGGCGCCCAGAAGGUGGCUACGGUUCCGGCUCGCAAUACCUGGGCGAAUCCUCAUCCCACGAUCGCUCUCAUUCUCGCUCCGCCCAAUCUACUAGAUCACCCAUGAUGGGCCCCGAACGCUCCAAAGCCUCGAGACCCCGAAAGCCCCCGAUGCCCCGUCGGCUCUCGACUAACCCAUCGGCACCGCAUCGCGGUGAGGUCUUCUCGGCCGACGACGAUAUUUACGAGGUUGAGGCUGAUGCUGCUGAACGUCAUCAAGGCCAACGCAGCACCACCUAUGGCACUCGCCGCCGACCCCAGCUGGCGACGACUCUGUCGCGCGUGCAAUCCUCCUGCAGCGAUAAUGCCGAAGACGAAGACGACGAGGACGACGGUCCUCGAACCCCCCGAGCCGAGGACAUCGUCCCCGAGGAGGUGGAGCGUGACCCCUCGGUACACCCAGACGAAGAGGACAUCGGAGCCGAAUCUGAUGGCGACGUGAGCGAUGCAGAGAGCUUCACGCUCAAGGACCGUCAGCAAGCCAUCAACCAGACACAUCCGUUUGGUAUAAGAUUGUGGAAGCCUGCUCUGUACAAGAAGGAUCGUUCGGUGCAGAAGAAUGCCGAGGGCGACAUUCAUUCAUCUCCCGGUGGCAGAGUCCACAGCUGGCUUCUUUUUUUUAACCUCCUCUGGACUCUGCUAUUUGGUUGGUGGAUGGCAGCUUUCUCGGCCCUCGGCGCUCUCGUCUGCUUCUUGUUCGCCGCAACCCCGAGCGGCAGGGAGUAUGGCAGAGUACUCUGGGGACUGGCCAGCUAUUUGUUCUAUCCAUUCGGCAAGUAUGUCCGUCUGGAGCAGGACGAGGCCUACUUGGACGAGGACCAAGGCGAAGGACGAAGCAUUUCCGAGUACGAGCAAUGGCAGAGCGGUGACCUGGAAUAUGGCCGCCUGUUUUUUGGUCCAGAGGGUUCUGAACGAAACCGAUCGAUUGUUGGCCGCUCGCGAAGGAGCAUCGACUCGGAGCCGAGCGAGACGGACAGCCUUUUGGGCCGCUCUCGACGCGGCGAUCGAAGCCAGACACCACCGCAAACCAAGCGCCGACUGUUCGGAAGAGGCCAGUGGAACAUCGGACGCGUCGUCUUCUUCCUGUUCUUCUACCUGCUCCUUUCCCCCUCGCUGAUCCUGGUUUCUCUGAUCUGCUGGUUCCUCGUUUUCACGAUCCCCAUGGGCAAAGUCACCAUGCUGCUGUUUGACCAGCUGCGGCGACACCCCUUGGCGCUCUCGUUCGAGUCCGACAUGGUGCUCGCCCGCACUGCCAACACACCGCAGUCAUCGAUUUUGUUGUGCACCUACCGCGCGGUGGGCAUCAAAUACUGGAAGUACACCAUUGACGGCACAAAUGUGUUCUUGAUCAACCUCAUGGGUGUCGUCUUCUUCGUCAUAUUUGACUGGCUCGUACUCGACAACGUCCUCCACCUGGACCUCUUCAUCACCUCGCCCGCGUUCCUCUUCAUUGCUGGCCUGUUCUCGAUUGUCCCGCUGGCCUAUUUCAUUGGCCAGGCUGUCGCUUCCAUCUCGGCUCAGUCGUCCAUGGGAGUUGGUGCUGCCAUCAACGCCUUCUUUUCUACCAUUGUCGAAGUUUUCCUCUACUGUGUCGCCCUGAACCAAGGCAAGGGCCAGCUCGUUGAGGGGAGUAUUGUGGGAAGCAUCUUCGCGGGUAUCCUCUUCCUUCCCGGCCUUUCCAUGUGCUUUGGAGCCAUCAAGCGCAAAACUCAACGCUUCAAUGCCAGGUCUGCCGGUGUCACUUCGACAAUGCUGCUGUUCGCCGUCCUCGGCGCUUUCGGUCCUACGCUCUUCUACCAAAUCUACGGCACCCACGAGCUCAACUGUCUGGACUGUGUUAACAACGGCGGUAUCGGGGGCGGCCUGUCUCCUGUCGGCGAUGGCCGUGACUGCAAGCGAUGCUUCUUCUCCCAGACCCCAGCCCUGAACGACCGUUUCUACCUCGAAGCUGUUCGCCCGUUCUGCUACUUCUGCGCCACGUUGUUGUUCCUUUCGUACAUUGUCGGCCUAUGGUUUACCCUGCGAACUCAUGCAGCUGUCAUCUGGAAUUCCGAGAUAGAUGAGAAGAAGCACGAAGAGGCGCAGGCGCAGGCGCAUUCUCAUUCUAGACAAUCGGGCCCCCACUCUUUCGCCGAGACUACUGGCACCUCCGUUGACGUCCGCGACUCUCAUCUCUACAAGCGCAUUCUCGGCCAGUCCCUAAAACAGGUUGGUCUUGCGACAAAGGGCGACGACACCAGCCUCCAAAACUCCGUCGCUGGGUUGGGACUGAAUACUAGCAACGGCAGCGUCAGUAUCCCGCAUGUCGUGCCCCCCAAGUCAAGCGGUAGCGACACAGUACGCUCCACCGUUCACAUCCCUGGAUUCUCAGAGGCAGAAAACAACGCCCUCGUCCGCGAGGUUGCAGAGAUGGCGGCCACCGCAGCUACCAUUGCCGCGCGGGAGCGGAUGCCUCGCAGAACCUCAGCCCUGCCCGGAGCUUCGACUGGGGCUACUCCUCGUCCCCCUGCUCUGCGAAACACCACGAUGGCCGAGAACGACGAUCUCGCUGCCGCCAGUACUGCACAAGUGCCCCACGGUGGUCAUGACGCUCCGAACUGGAGCCGUGGCAAGAGUGCCUUCAUUCUUAUGGGAGCCACCGUGCUAUACGCCAUCAUCGCCGAGAUUCUGGUCGACACCGUUGAUGUCGUUCUCGAAGGCUUCGCCAUUGACGAGAAAUUCCUCGGUAUUACCCUCUUUGCUCUGGUACCCAACACGACCGAGUUCCUGAACGCCAUUUCCUUCGCCAUGAACGGCAACAUUGCACUAUCUAUGGAGAUCGGCUCUGCUUAUGCGCUCCAGGUUUGCUUGCUUCAGGUCCCAGCUCUAGUGUUGUACUCUGCAUUUUACGCCAAUACUGAGGGUGUUGAGGACGUGGGCGCGCACACCUUUGCACUCCUCUUCCCUCAAUGGGAUAUGGUGACUGUGAUCAUCUGCGUCUUCCUGCUAAGCUACAUGUACGGUGAAGGAAAGAGCAACUACUUCAAGGGUAGCAUCCUGUUGUUAAGCUAUCUUGUAGUUGUCGUUGGCUACUACCUGUCUGGCUACACAGAGGACGCCAUGAGCGUGAGCCGUUUCGAUGUCAUGGGUGCUGACGGACAGUAUUCGUCUUUCAAGACGAUCGGCCGUCGCAUGAAUGGCGCUGUUCUUCAAGGAUAG